AUGUCGAAAGUGACUAUUGAAAUACUUGUUAUGCUCAUUGUCAUUGGUUUAUGUGAUGAAACGGCUGGCAGUGAUGCAUUUCGAAUUUCUAUUCAUCGCAUUCAACGACCAUCGUCCACUAAAACAAAUUGUACAAUAUCACCGACAAAUAUGAUGACCUGUCAAAUAUUUUCGCGUAAAUUGGGCAAAAUUUUUCUGACAAAAUCUUCUAUUUAUGAAAAUCUCAUCAAUGAAGCUGAUAUCAAUGGAAUUGCAGUCCAAAACCAAACAUUUGCUGAAUGCACAUCUCUCAGAGGUAUGAAUGGCGAUGUUAAUGAUGGUAUUCUGGGUCUUGCCUAUCCAAAUUUGGCAAAAGGUGCCGAGAAACCACUUUUCUACAACAUGUGGUCUCAAGGUCUCAUUCCAGAAGCCAUUUUUACUUUCUAUUUAAAUCCUGAUACAAAUGCGGAAUCCGGUGGUGAACUUAUAUUCGGUAGUGCAGACUCAAGCAAAUACACUGGUUCUAUUACUUACAUUCCUGUCGCAAUAGAAGGAUAUUGGGAAUUCCUCAUGACUAGUGUAAGUAUCGGAUCAACUAUUUUAAGUUCAUCAGUGUAUGCUAUUGCUGACACCGGCACGACAUUCAUCAUUGGACCUACAAUUCAAGUUACUGCAUUGAAUGCUGCCCUAGGUGGUGCCUACGAUUCAACUAGUGGACUGGUAUGUCUUUUUCUUGCUAAUCUCUCUGAAAAUAAUAUCAUUUAA